AUGGCAUCGCUGUCCUCCCUCUUAGUAGCCUUCAUGGCCCUACUCCACGUCUACAUCCUCGUCCUGGAGAUGUUCCUCUGGACUACACCCCAUGGUCUCAAAGCCUUCGGCCUCAAGCCCGACAUCGCCGAAAAAACCAAAAUCCUUGCCGCCAACCAGGGUCUCUACAACGGUUUCCUGGCCGCUGGACUCUUCUGGGGAUUAGUGCACCCCGUGCCAGAAUUUGCGACGCAGAUUGAACUCUUCUUCUUGGGGCUGGUCGGUGCUGCGGGGAUUUAUGGGGGCUUGACUGCGAUGCCGAAGAUCUUCUUUAUUCAGAGCGUGCCGGCUGCUAUUGCGGGUUUAGCUGUGUAUUUGGGGUAG